AUGGUCAUCGCCCUGUCAAAUUUCCCCGCCCAACUUCCGCCGGCGAAAACCGCCGCUUUUCCUCCCUGCCCGCCGGAGAACCCCAAAACCUUCAUUCUCGAGCAAUGCAAGACCGUCAGGGACCUCCGCCAAGUGCACGCACACCUUAUCAAGACCCGCCUCCUCCACCGCCCCGCGGCGGCGGAGUCCCUCCUCGAGUCCGCCGCCCUCCUCCUCCCCGUCCCCGCCAUCGACUAUGCUCAGUCCAUCUUCUCCUCCCUCGAGAACCCCCACCCCUCCGCCUACGCCGUCAUGAUCAGGGGUUUCACCCGAUUCAAUUUCCCGGAAAAAUCGAUUCUCCUCUUCAGGCGGAUGAUCGAAAGCUCUGUCCCGCCGAACGAGUUCACGUUCCCCGGCGUUCUCAAAGCAUGUUCUAAAAUCGGGGCUUUCGAGGAAGGGAAUCAGAUUCACGCGCACAUUGCGAAAUCCAAAGGGGGUUUUGGAAGUAGGGAGUUUGUGGAUAAUUCAUUGAUUUACAUGUAUGCUUGCUGCAACAGGCUUGAUUUGGCCCGACAGGUGUUUGAAGAAAUGCCCGAGAAAACUCCGGUCGCCUGGAGCUCGAUGCUUUCCGGUUAUUCAAGGUCCGGCCAUUGGGAAGAGGUCGUGGAACUCUUUAAACAAAUGUCGCAGUUGAGCAUCGGGCUUAACGAAGCCACUUUGGUUACUGUCUUGUCCGCUUGCGGGAGGCUCGGCGAUUUGGAAACGGGACAAUGGAUUCACGAGUACUCGGUUGCGAACGGGCUUAUGAAAAACAUUAGCUUGGUGACUUCUAUAGUCGACAUGUAUGCAAAAUGCGGUCUUGUGGAGAAUGCGAAAGAAUUGUUCGAUAGCAUGCCCAAACGUGAUGUUGUUGCAUGGAGUGCCAUGAUAUCCGGAUUUAAUCGUGCAAAUCGGUGCAAAGAGGCACUAGCUUUGUUUCGCGACAUGCAAAAUUCUAAAACCGAGUCGAAUGAAGUGACCAUGGUGAGUGUGCUCUCGUCUUGCGCAGUUCUUGGAGCUCUGAAAACGGGAGAGUGGGUCCACUCGUACGUAAAAAGGAAAAAAUUGAAGGUAACAAUCAAUCUCGGAACAACUCUCGUCGAUUUCUAUUCGAAAUGCGGAUUUGUCGAAAGGGCGAUUGAAGUUUUCGACGAAAUGGGUUCCUCCAAGAACGUGUGGACAUGGACGGCUUUAAUCCACGGUCUAGCUAGUAACGGACGAGGGGAAACCGCUCUUAAAUAUUACAAAUCGAUGCUCGAGGAAAAUAUUAAACCAAACGACGUAACUUUUGUCGGUGUACUAACCGCUUGUAGUCACUCCGGGUUGGUCGACGAGGGGUCGAGAUGUUUCGUGAGUAUGAAAAGGGAUUUCGGAAUCGAGCCAAGAAUCGAGCAUUACGGGUGUAUAGUGGACUUGCUCGGCCGAGUGGGGUUAAUCGAGGAGGCCCACGCGUUUGUGAAAAACAUGCCUCUCAAACCGAAUGCCAUGAUUUGGAGAACUCUACUCGCGUCAUGUAGGGUUCAUAAGAAUGUCGAAGUUGGGGAGGAAGCUUUGAAGAACGCGGUUCGGUUAGAGCCGGCUCAAAGUGGCGACUACAUACUUUUGUCGAAAUUAUAUGCUUCGAUGGGCCGAUUGGAAGAUGCUAAGAGAUUGAGAAACGAGAUGAAAAAGCUCGGUAUUGAGAAGAAAAUCCCCGGCUUUAGCUAUAUCGAGAUGAAUGGUGUGAUUCAUGAGUUUUUAGCUGAGGAUAAAGCGCAUCCACAGUAUUUGCAGAUUUACGAAUCGGUCGAGAACAUGAUGGCAAAGAUUAAACGGGCCGGUUAUGAGCCAGACAAAAUGGAGGCGAGGAUUGAUGCUGAUGAGGAUGAUGAGAAAGAGACUUCGGUUUCUCAUCAUAGUGAGAAGUUAGCCAUUGCUUUCGGGCUUAUUGGGUCUCGUCCGGGGGAAACUAUUCGGGUCGCGAAGAAUCUCAGGAUAUGUUUUCGAGAGGGAUAUUGUCGUUCGGGACCGAAGUCGAUUUCACCACUUUAG